AUGAACAAACUUCCUGAUGCCCCCUCGAGCGUUAGUCUUUUCCCUGUUCCUCCGUGGGAGCUUAUUGAUAAGUACUCUGAUUCUGCUGUUUCUCAAAGUACUGCUCCGCAACCACCGCCAAUCCCCAUUUCUACCACUUACCAAACUUUUGGUGUUCCCUUUAGUACCGAUUACCUUAUCUUAAAGCCACUCGAGUCCUUCGGAUUUCGUCGAAUUUACCAACAGAAUUGUAGUCGUAAAUCUGAAUUGAAAAAACUCAACUUCUCUAUACUUGCCAAUUAUCUCGAUCUACUUGAUAUUCUGACUCGCGAUCCAAGUUCUGACAAGCGCAAAGAGAAACUUGAUCAUAUUGGGCAGCUAUUUAUAAACAUACACCAUCUUUUGAAUGAGUACCGACCACAUCAAGCUCGAGAUUUGUUACGGGAAAUGCUUAUAUACCAAGUUAAAAUUGCUAGCGAUACUGUGCAUCUUUGCGAGCAGUACUUGGCUCGUACGAAUGAAACACUUUGCGCUUCUUCCCAGUCAAUUUCGUGUGAUUUUCUUGCAAACACAUGCCCUUCGUCCCCCUACUCUGUUUCCUUUGAGGAUCUUGGUCCUGAGUUGAAUGAGCUUCUCUCUGAUGUCCAGAGAAACAUGAAGACGGAUGACCCGCUGUCACGUACUAAUGUGAAAAUUGAUGAAACGUGCGACGAGCCAGCAGGGAUCACAGAAUCAGCUUCCCCUCUACGUACUCUCACCGAUCAUAAGGAGUCUUUACCUCUCGCUGCCUCUCAUUUAUGGGAUUUAUUUUAG